AUUGCAACUCUAAAACACCUGAGAGAAAUCUCAGUGGCCACUAACUACUACCCAACAUCUAACGUUAACAUCUUUCUUCUUGUUCCACAACAAUCCUCUGUUUCUUCCACCUAUGGCCACCAGGCGUAUGAGGGCAUUCAAGCGGUGGAUGAAGUCUCAGGGAUUCGAAUGGAGCGAUGCAUUGGAGUUUGUGGACACCCCAGAAGAGGGAAUAGCUGUGAGAGCUUUGUGCCAAUUGAAGGAAGGUGAUGUUGUGGCCAAGAUGCCAAAGGAAGCUUGCCUUACCAUCAAGACCAGUGGGGCACGUGAGAUCAUUGAAGAUGCUGGUUUGGAUGGUCAUUUGGGGUUAGCAUUUGCCAUCAUGUAUGAGAGAAGCUUGGGUGGUGACUCCCCCUGGGCUGGGUACCUUCAGCUUUUGCCUCACCAAGAGUGCUUGCCAUUGGUUUGGACCCUCAAUGAAGUAAACGCCCUUUUGUGUGGUACUGAGCUUCACCAGGCAGUGCAAGAAGAAAAAGCUCUUAUGUAUGAGGACUGGAAAGAGGAUAUUCUGCCCCUAUUGGAUUUGGCACCUUCAAAGCUUAAACCAAAAUUCUUUGGUAUAGAACAAUACUUUGCAGCAAAAAGUCUAAUUUCUUCGCGAUCGUUCUCGAUUGAUGAUUACCAUGGUUUUGGCAUGGUUCCCUUGGCAGAUCUAUUCAAUCAUAAAACAGGUGCUGAGGAUGUACAUUUCACAGCUAUGUCCUCUAAUUAUGCAUCUGACAAUGACAUUGAUCUUAAUAACAAUGAUGAGGGGAUCAUUGAUGAAGAAGCAUUGGCUCAAAAUUCCUCUAUAGAUAUGACUGAGUUAAAUACUGCUCAUGUUGAGAACUGCGUUGAUGGCAACUCAGAGUAUUCUUCAGAUAUGGAGGGUGAUCCUUCAAUGCUGGAGAUGAUCAUGAUAAAAGAUGUCAACAGUGGAGCUGAGGUAUUUAAUACGUACGGGUUAUUGGGUAAUGCUGCUUUGCUUCAUAGAUAUGGAUUUACUGAGCAAGAUAAUCCCUAUGAUAUUGUGAACAUUGAUUUGGAACUGGUACUUCAGUGUUGUUCUUCUUUGUUUUCUGACCGCCACAGUAGAGCAAGAGUCUCCCUUUGGAGAAGGUUAGGCUAUUCAGCAUGUGGCAGCCAAAACUCUGAAUAUUUUGAGAUCUCAUUUGAUGGAGAACCACAAAUUGAACUUGUCAUUUUAUUAUACAUCAUGUUAUUACCAGAUAAUGCAUACCAAAAGUUAGACCUAUCAGUAUCAAUUGCUGGAAAUUAUCAUGAAUCAAGUGAAACCAUUCUUUUGGAUGAUAAUAUCUUACCAAAGAAAGCAUCUAAAGUGAGCACGAAACUCUUGCUGACUAAAAAAGUUUGUUAUGCUCUGUUGUCACUCGUUGAUAUGAGGGAGAGUCUCUAUGGUUUAGAAUCAAUAGAAGAUGAUAUUGCAGGAUUGGGAAGGUGUAGUUUAGUUAGAGAUAGAAAGCUGUAUCAUUCUCUGAUGCUGCGCAUCAGUGAAAGGAAGAUCCUUCAAAAGUUCAGAAACUAUGCUUCACAACCAUUUAAAAUCACUAAUCAUAGUUCUGCGAGGAAGAAGUUGAAAAGGACAACAAAGAGUAAGAGUUGAUUGUUUUUAGUGUUUAUUUAUUUUUUCCAUGAGAUGCUAUAAUAUGUAUGUUUUAUUUAUAUUUUGUUGAUCGAGUU